GUCGCAGGCAAGCUGACAACAUAAAAAAACAGCAAUCAACACUAGAACAUGUCAAAAUAAAUAGCCACAGUGAAGCAAUACAAAACAAGACUCACAUGUCUAAGAUUCACAACUUAAGAGAGAAACUUCAAGAUUUGGAUAACAAUUUUGAAAAAUGGGGAAAAACCAUAAAUCCAAUGCUUGGUUACAAAAAUGAACUUGAAGACAUGGUGAAACAAUUGAAAUUAAAAUUACAGAUGAAGGAAGAUUCCAGUGAAAGUUUGGAGAAAGAAAACAACUACUAUGUAGAAGCGGCGAACAAAGCUCUAUUGGAGCUUCAAGAACGUAAAGAACAAGAAAAAACUGAGCUAUGUCAAUUGAAAACACAUUUAAGUAAACAGUUUGAGCAGAUUAAGCAACAGGAGAUGGAAUUGGUACAAGAACUAAGGGAGCUUCUGAGUGCAUGCCGAGAGGAGGAAAUCAAGAUUAACAUCGUAGAACCACAGAGAGUUGAGCUGAAGAAGACAUUUGAAACAUUGAAGAUGGAAUUGGCAGCAGAAACAGACCAGAUCAAUUCUGCAAGUACCCAAUUGGAAACUGAAUUGCAAGACGAAUUAAACAGGAAAAUCGAAAUGUCCACUGAAAUCAACACAUUAGACAAAAAUAUAACAGAGUUGGAGAAUACUUUGAUUGAAUUAGAAAAUGAUAUAAAAAGGUCGAAUGAUAAAAAUAGGCAGCUUAAUGCUGACGAAGAAGAAUAUUCUAAGACAAGUAUAAAGAAACAGCAGGAGCUUAAAGAACUUGAAACCGAUGUAGAGGAUUUGACUGCCAAGUACAGUGUGUGUAUGAAGAUUGAAACAGAAAACGUAACGCUGCGAGGAACUUGUGAUGAUUUAAAUAUUGAAAAUAAAGCCCACGUUGAGAAAAUAACUGAAUUGUCGAGUAAUGAAGAAGAGUUGGGUAAAAAUAUUUUGGAAUUGAACCAAUUGAUUGCGGAUUUAGAAAAUGAGAAUGUGAGCUCACUCAAAAAUGUCUUAGUUCUCGAAGAGGACAUACAUAUCCUUGAGGAAGAAGAACGAGUUUAUUUGAAGGAACAUGAGAAAUUAAGUUUGGAUAUCCAAGAAAUAUCAGCAAAACUUCAAGAAACAAACAACUUACUGAAAACGUCUUGCCAGGAUCUCAGUAUGCAAUUUGCAGAGGCAAGUAAAACUAAGACUGAUCAUCAAGAGACUCUGACGAACUUGGAAAUAGAGUUGGCUAAAGCUGAAGAUGUUUCCAAAGAGAGUGACCUUAAGCUUUUCAACUUCUACCAAGAACGUGAAAGCAUCAACAAAGCCUGCGAUGAAGAAAUGAAGGCCCUUAAUGAGGAUAUGGAUAAAAGUGUUGAGGAAUAUGAAAAGUUGGUGUUUGAUUUGGAGCUUAAUGAAAAAGUAAAGGAAGAUAUUCACCAACUUAACAAAGAUCUAGAAAACUAUAGAAUGGAUUAUGAUAAAACCGUCCAACAGCUUCAAGAGGCUUAUGCAAGGGAGAUUGAGAAUAAGAAGAAGUGGAUGGAAGAGUUAAGAGCCCAAUGUGAAAGAGAGUACAGAAACAAUGAGAUUAAAAAAACCGACGCAUUAGUGGAGCUGAAAGAGACCAAAGCUCGAAUUAUUGACCUUCAAAAACAGAAAGCUAUGGCUGAGAAAGAGAUAGUGGCAAAAGCAGAUUUGUUGAAAAAAUGUGACAACCUUAUACAAAGACUGAUGAUGAAAUUUAGCAAAGUAGCUCAAGUAGCUGUAACAUCGAGUCAGUCUGUAAUAGAUACUGCAAGCCAGGCACCGAGCUUUGCUACACCAAGAACUCAAAAGAAACCUGUACGAGUGGCCUCUCCAGGCAGUGAUUCUAGUGGCAAAACAUUUGAUCCUGAUGAUGUAAAUUUGAAGAUACGCUUAUCUAAGCGUCCACUUCCCCAGGCAGGACCCAAACAUGCAAAAGCUGCAAAAGAACCUAAGAAGAAAAAUGCCCCUCCACCGCCCAAGAAAAUGGCAACUAAAGAAGCAGAUGAUUGGGGUUUUGAGAUUUAAAAAACUUUGGGUAAAAUUUUGUUAAAAUUUGGGUAAAAAUACUGGGAAUUAGCAUCAAUAAAAUUGUCUCUCAAGCGUUUUCCCUCAAAGUGUUAUGUAACAUUUUGAGACAAUCUAACAUAGUGUAAAUAAGAUUAGUGGGCAGUUUAUAACUUUAUUUAAGAGAGGUAAUCAUCACAGUUGGAUUUAAAUG